ACGAGCAGCAGCAGUCGCAUGCGGUCAGUCCUCGGGUCUAGAAUCCAGAAGCAAAGAGCAACGAAGAGGGCCAGAAGGAUGGUUAGGGUACGGUGCCGGCUGCAAUUGACCCGGAUAUGGGAAUGCUCAGCAAGGACAGCAGAGUUUGAGCCGACAUCGUUCGCACACCGAAACAUCUCGACCGAGGUCGGAUUCUUCCCGGAAGCCCCAUCGCCGGAAGUCACCUUAUGGCCAGCCAAAUACACGAAUGAAUCUUCGUCACGAUCUUCAAUGAAAGACCGCAGGAGUAGUUCCGGGGUUCCCGCGGCUGACUGCAGCUAUGACGUCAAGGACCGCACAGGAUAAGGACAAGUUCUUUUCACGGCCACGAGCAGCUCCGCUACAUGAACAAAAAGUGUGAUUCAGCAAAUAAA